AUGUACUUCCGCCCCUUUAUUACUUCCCUCGGGCUUCUAGUCCUCACGGACUCUCUCGCUGCCGCCGAUCGUGCCCUCAACUUCGCCGCCCACCAGGACGAUGACCUCCUCUUCAUCAACGCCCAAAUCAUCCACGACAUCGACCUGCAGAACGAAGUCCGCACGGUCUUCGUAACCGCCGGCGACGCUGGUAAUGGCCCUGACUACUGGACCAGCCGUCAGGCCGGCACAUUGGCCGCCUAUGCCGAGAUGGCAGGCGUCGGCAACGACUGGGACGAGAGCGACCUCGGUGUCCCCGGCAAGGUCGUCUCCUUGUAUAACCUGCGCAAUACUGAUGUCUCCGUUGCCUUCCUGCACCUUCCCGACGGGAACAACGACGGCAGUGGCUUCCCCGCUACAGGCAACGAGAGUAUGGAGAAGUUGUGGAAGGGGGCCAUUGACUCUAUCGGCACUGUCGAUGAGUCUGGCAGCAGCUACACCUACGAUGAACUCGUUGACUCCCUUGCGUGGAUUAUCAAUGACUACACCCCUGACCGCAUCAAUGCGCUGAACUACAUUGAUGACUUUGGCGCUGUCGGUGACCACAGUGACCACACCUCUAGUGCGCUCUUCGCUAAUGAGGGUGCUAUCAACGCUGAGAACUUCCCCGGUGAUGUGAUCGGCUAUAUUGGAUACGACAGCCAGACGCUUGAGGCUAACCUCAGUGCUGAGGAUUUGCAGAAGAAGAAGGAUGCGUUCUACACCUACGCUGGUUUUGAUUCUGCUGCUUGUGCGAGUGAUGAGGCUUGCGCGGGCACUGAGUAUGAGCUUUGGCUGCAGCGCGAGUACCCCCGUAACUAG